AUGGCGAGUCAACAUUUCUUCAAGCCUCUUCUUCCCGGAUUCUACAGCCACGUGACGAUUCCUGUGGCUUUCCUCUUGAAGAAUGUAAAAGGACAUGAGCAGAAGACGGCCGAGCUGAGGUCAGAGGCGUCAAAGAAAACUUGGGAAGUGAAGAUACAUGGGCAGAGAAUCACUGACGGUUGGAAAGAGUUUGCAGUCGCACAUGAUCUUCGAAUCGGUGACAUUGUCGUGUUCAGACAAGAGAGCGACAUGGCUUUCCACGUUACAAUGUUGGGACCUAGUUGUUGUGAAAUUCAAUAUGUGUCUUGUUUAAACGACCAUAACAACCUCGGGAAGAUUCAAAGGAAGAAGAGAGUGAGGAAGAAUCCAAGUAGAGAACCAGAGUCUUCAUCACUAGAUCCCUCUUGUUUCGUGGCUAAUAUCACGGCUUCGACUCUCCUAUAUGACAGACUGAAUUUUCCAAGAAGUUUUGUAAGGGAAAAUGGUCUAGACACAAGAUGUGGAGAGAUUGUUGUUCUGAUGAAUGAAAAGGGCAGAUCAUGGACUGUUGAUUUGAGAGGUAAGAGAUCAUGCGGAAUCGCUUACAUCAAACGAGGAUGGAGAAAAUUUUGUCAAGCCAAUGAACUUAGAGCUGGAAGUUUCUUCACUUUCAAACUGAUCCAAAGAGGAAGAACUCUGGUUCUACGUUUGUCCUCCAAAGAGACAGAGGCUAAUGAAGUAGAGUCUCUUUCCACAGAACAGGAAAGUGAUGAAGAGAGGAGCCAAGAUGGGAUAAGCUUACAACAAAAUUCACAAAGAAAGGAAAGGAAGGGUACAUUGAUACGGAAAGAUUCAUAUUCGGCAUCCCAAAACCGAUAUGUGACCCUAACUCUUACAAGUUACAACGUCAAAUGUUCUAGACUGACUCUUCCAAUACAUUUCACAAAGGUGAGUGGCAUAGUAAAGGCAAAGAAGAUGAGUUUCUUGGAUAAACAUGGCGUAAAAUGGUCUACGGAUCUGAGGUUUGACAAGAAACAUCUGAGAAUGCGAUUGGUUGGUGGCUGGAUAGAGUUUUGCGAUGCUAACCAUGUGAAGAUAGGAGAAUCAGUCAUGUUGGAGCUAAUUUGGGAAGCACACGAAAGCUCUGUUCUUAAGUUCUGCUCCAAAGUGAUGCCAGAGACCAACUGAAACAAUGUUUCUAAAAGGUUACUGAAUUGCAUGAAUCAAUGUUUUCACUAGUGAGACUCCUUUUGACAUUCUGGUUCACAGUAGUGAUGUACAAUUUAUAGCUUGUGUUUGAUAUCUCAGUUGUACUAGAAGAUAGAUGAAUGCUUUACCUAGAUGCUAAAGGUGUUCUGUAAUAAUCGAUAAUCUCUUUUCCAAUAAUA